UACCCGCUACGAGUAGUGCCGGGGUAACGUAGUUAAAAGGCGGGGAUUGGAAAUAUAAUUUUCCUUGGUUGUAUGAAGUGUGUGUGCAUUGCGUAAAGUGCGAGGAUGCCGCUGAAACUUGAUGUGAAGCGUAAGCUACUGGCUCGGUCAGAUCGAGUCAAAUGCGUUGAUUUGCAUCCAACCGAGCCAUGGAUGCUCUGUUCUUUAUACAACGGCAACAUCCACGUAUGGAAUCAUGAGAGCCAACAAAUGGUUAAAACGUUUGAGGUGUGCGAUGUUCCUGUACGAGCUGCUCGAUUUGUUCCACGGAAGAACUGGAUCGUGUCCGGCUCAGACGAUAUGCUUGUUCGCGUGUUCAAUUACAACACCCUAGAGCGGGUGCACCAGUUUGAAGCUCAUAGUGACUACAUCCGCUCCAUAGCCGUUCACCCCACUCAGCCGUUCAUUCUGACAUCAUCAGAUGAUAUGCUUAUAAAACUCUGGAAUUGGGACCGGCAGUGGGCAUGCCAGCAGGUGUUCGAGGGCCACACGCAUUACGUUAUGCAGGUGGUGUUUAACCCUAAAGAUAACAAUACGUUUGCGUCUGCGUCGCUUGAUUUUACUGUCAAAGUAUGGCAACUGGGCUCAGCGACGCCUAACUUCACAUUGGACGGACACUCAAAAGGAGUUAACUGUGUAGACUAUUAUCACGGCGGCGAAAAGCCAUACAUUAUCUCUGGAGCAGAUGACCGUCAGGUAAAGAUUUGGGAUUACCAGAACAAAGCCUGCGUUCAAACGCUUGAUGGGCACGCACAGAAUAUUAGCGCAGUGUGCUUCCACCCGGAGUUGCCCGUUAUCCUUACAGGCUCUGAAGAUGGUACUGUCAGGAUUUGGCAUGCCAACACGUAUCGCCUUGAGAACACGCUCAAUUAUGGACUCGAACGUGUGUGGACAAUUCAAGCUUUAGCCGGCUCAAACAACAUGGCGUUGGGUUAUGAUGAAGGAUCGAUCCUCAUCAAGUUGGGUCGUGAAGAACCAGCCAUGUCGAUGGAUGCGUCUGGGAAAAUUAUUUGGGCCAAACAUUCUGAAGUACAGCAGGCCAACUUGAAGGCGAUGGGCGACACAGAGGUGAAAGACGGAGAACGGUUACCCUUGCAGAUCAAGGACAUGGGUAGUUGCGAAAUCUACCCACAAACGAUCUCACACAAUCCGAACGGUCGUUUCGUAGUUGUUUGUGGUGAUGGUGAGUACAUCAUCUAUACCUCUAUGGCCCUCCGGAGCAAGUCAUUCGGCUCGGCGCAAGAGUUCGUUUGGGCUCAAGAUUCAUCUGAGUACGCUGUACGAGAGAAUGCCUCAACAGUAAAAAUCUUCAAAAAUUUCAAAGAAAAGAAGACCUUCAAGCCCCAAUACGGCGCUGAUGGAAUAUUCGGCGGUUUCUUGCUCGCCGUAAAGUCGUCAUCGGGACUCGCGCUCUUUGACUGGGAAACCCUUGACCUUAUUCGUCGAAUCGAUAUUCAACCGAGGGCUGUUCACUGGAGCGAUAACGGCAACAUGGUAGCGAUCUGUACCGAAGAAUCGUUUUUUGUACUGAAGUACAAUGCCGAAGCUGUGGCUAAUGCCAAUCCAGAAGCAAUAACAGAGGAGGGUGUCGAAGACGCUUUUGACGUGCUAAGCGAAGUAAAUGAAUGCGUUAAAACAGGUGUAUGGGUGGGCGACUGCUUCAUCUACACGAACAGUGUAAAUCGGCUUAACUAUUAUGUUGGCGGCGAGAUCGUCACAAUUGCACACCUCGAUCGGAUUAUGUACGUACUUGGCUAUUUGCCGAAGGAAAGUCGGCUGUACCUUGGCGAUAAAGAGCUCAAUGUGGUGUCUUAUUCGCUGCUUGUUUCAGUUCUAGAAUAUCAGACGGCUGUAAUGCGCAGAGACUUCGACACCGCAGAUAGGGUACUUCCGAUAAUCCCCAAAGAGCAACGUACUCGGGUGGCCCAUUUCCUUGAGAAACAGGGCUUUAAGAAACAGGCAUUGGCUGUCUCCGUCGACCCUGAGCACAGGUUUGAGUUGGCUUUGCAGCUCGGCGAUUUAAAGACAGCUUUGCAGUUGGCCCAAGAGAAUGCUACCGAACAACGCUGGAAGCAAUUGGCAGAACUAGCACUGGUUCAAAGCCAGUUCGGGUUAGCUCAGCGAUGUCUUCACCAGGCGCAGGACUUCCCUGGAAUGUUGCUACUUGCUACGUCGGCCGGUGACGCUAAUACGGUGCAGCAACUAGCCAAAAACGCGGUACCAGCUGGCAAAUACAAUGUUGCUUUUUUGUCGUAUUUCCUAUUAGGCGAAAUUGAGAAAGCUCUAGCAAUCCUUGAAGAGACGGGUCGGCUUCCGGAGGCUGCCUUUUUUGCGAAAUGCUACGCCCCCUCGCAUACGGCGCGCAUCGUUGGAAAAUGGAAGGACUUUCUUGGACAAACUAAUGAGAAAGCAGCUCAGGCUCUAGCUGAUCCUGUGGGAUAUGAGAAUCUAUUCCCAGAUUUCCAGGAGAGCUUACAAGCGGAACAGUUCCUUAAGAAGGAGAUGACCAAACGACGCCAGGCGCCUGCAAGGAUCUAUCCUCAGGUAAGGCCCAAUCAUGAACGGAACCUGAUCGAGGAGGUGGCUGUUUCUGGAGAACACUUUGAUAUUCCCGACUUCAAGUCACCCGCUUCUCGAAAGCUUAUCGCCGAGGAACACGUAAUCAAACAGAGUCGGGAACAUGAACGAUUCGCUCAGCCACUCGUCGAAAAAGCCUUGCAUCCGUAUGCAUCCGAAUCGAAACAGCAUAUCGAAAAAAACAAUCCAAGUACACAGUCUCGCCCCGAUCAAAUACAAGUUUCGGCGCACGACUCUUUAACCGUGUUACCCCAAGGGGUGUCAAUCGUUCUGUCCGAUACACAAACCCCAGAAGCCAGUCGACAAGCUGAACCAGGCGCCGCACCUGCAACGGCUUUUCAGCAACAAGGUCAGUCACCGUCAAAAAGUGAACCGAACGAGGUUGACUUGCUUGAAGCAGAGAUCGAUAUGGAAAUGGAGAAAUUGGCCUUUGACGACGCCGAAGAAGAUCUAGAACUCGACGAAAACGAAGACUUAAUGUGAAUCUGAGUUUAUCCGGUUGAAAGGAUCAGACUCAACAUCAAAACUAGAAGUGACUGUGACAACCAAUAUUAGUAUAUUUAGAUUUGCUUAUAUACGUGUGUUGCUGCAUGAGUUAGGUAGGAAUGUAUGCUCAUGAAGAAAGAUUGGGGUGUGCUUAAGGGAAGUGGUCCCUUGCACUAAACGUAACAUUGGACACAUGAAUAUAUGUUUGUCGCAUUGCUUCGAUUAAGAAAGUCAUUUUCAAAAUGGUUUUCAUGAUGUAGGAAAAUCGCCAGUAUUUUCGGCUGCAAUGACGACGUAGGGUUAAACAACGGUAAAAUUAAAUAAGCAUCGUAUAGUAUAUAUUCUCAUUCUUAUAAAGAAUAAAUGUUAUAAUUUAUA